UCGUUCAAAUUUGAUCAACACUUAUUUGUUUGAAAUCUCACAAUAUAUUUAAUAAGUAUGAUCAUUGACAAGCACAAAUUUGGUUAUUAAUUUGACUUUCUUGUAUGAACUUUCGCUAUAAAAAUGUUUCUCAAGUUUUUAUUUUUCGUGGCUCUUUUUGCUGUGUGUGAAACUCAAUCUCAAAUAGGCAACCCUAAAGUUUUCAUCCGUCAAGUGCAACGAAAAGCCGAACUUUUAACUCGAAUUCCCUUUGAUAAUCUUACCAACUCUGUUAACCACGUGAAACAUGUACGCGACCAUCUGAUCAAGAACUACGAUGAAAUUCUGGACUCUGUUUCUGUGAACCAACAGUGUCGCAAAGACCUUCGUGAUAUUUCAUCAUCCAACUUUUCCUUAAACUUCAAGUUCUGGGACUCCUAUGCCGUUCCAGGAACUGGAUUCGCCCUUUUCCAUACAACUUUUGCUGGCCAACCAGAAGAAUGUGUGAAUAUAAAACUGGACAGCUCUCCCGUUCAGAGCUCCUUUCCGGAUUCUGGUCCAUUCCUGGUGACAUUCAAGGUACACACCGGACUGCAGUUGUCUCUGGGAACAUGCAUGCCUCUGUCUUGUUCGAACUCACAAGUCGCUCGGGUCUUCAAAUACGCGCUUCACGAGUUAGGUGUGAACACUGAAUGGGUGGUUGCAGAUGGAAGGGAAAAAUUUGAGGCAACUGGUGCCUUCAUAACUGCAGUGGUCGUGUUCGGAAUCAUUCUUCUGCUGAUCACAGUCGCCACCACUAGCAACAUGUUGAGCAAACUCAACGAAAUCUACAAAAAUGGAAUUCAAAAAGACGCUGGGUACAAUCGUGAAUUUAGCGUCCAACUUGAUGACGACCGAAGAAAUGAGCAAACAGUAAACCAGGAUGAGCCAAUUGUCAAUUUGGAUCCAGUCUCUUCGUUUCUCAGUUUGGCUGAUCGGUUCCUGAAGUGUUUCGACUUCUACGCCAACUUCACCAAAAUUCUGACAAUUCCAACUAAAUCUAGUCCCGGGCAGCAGUUUCCAGUAUUGAACGGAAUUCGGGUUCUAAGUUUGGGUUGGGUCAUGAUUGGCCACACUAUACUCGUUCAAACUUUCAUGUCCGAUAACUUUCUUUACGUCUAUGAACGCGGAAAAAAUCUCCUGUUUCAAACCAUCAUGAACGGGACUCCCUCCGUAGACUCUUUCUUCGUCAUGAGUGGACUCCUGGUCAUGUAUGGAUCUCUUAAGACCAUGGAAACACUUCCGAACCCAACGUUUGGCAAUCCUAAAUUUUGGAUCAUGUUCUAUGUCCAUAGAUUGAUACGACUAUGGCCAACUAUCCUGCUGACCAUUCUAUUCGUAGUUGGGAUUUUCCCCCAGCUAGCCCCUGUGUUUUAUAGUACGUUCUACCAAAAUGAGCUGAAUACUUCUUUGGUGGGGCUUUGUUCUGGUACUAAAUGGAUGCCUACUGCCUUCUUUUUCAACAAUCUUGACAAUCCAUCUCAAUCAUGCAUUAACUGGACGUGGUACGUGGCAAAUGAUGUCCAGUUCUUCAUCAUUUCUCCGCUCUUCAUUGUUGCGGCCAGAAUGAACAAACUUUGGGGCUACCUGUCCAUUGGGGCUGUGAUUGCAGUCAACACACUACUGGUGCUGAAAGCAUCUGGAGUUAACAGAGCUCCUCCAGGCGAUGGCGGUGGUGCAUUUGUGAAUCCAGACAUCGUGAAUGAUUUCGAUUUUACUACAAGCUGGGCUACUGAGCGUCUCUACUUUUCGCCCUACUGCCGUUUCCAGACAUACGGUAUAGGCCUCAUUUUGGGUCUCGCCCUGUACCAAAGAGAUCAAAUCAAGUCUUUCUUCGAUCGAACCCCUGUGGUGCCUCGAGUUGCCAUGAUAUGGGGUCUUUGGGCUUUUGGGUUCCUCUGCGGAAUUAUCUGUGUUUAUGGAUGUUAUCCGUACGCCAAUGGUGGACAUAUGGGAGUGUGGGCAGCUGCUUUUUACAACGCAACCUUCAGAGUUCUCUGGGGUAUCUUUCUGAGUAUUUUAAUUCUGCUUUGUAAUUUGGGUUACGGCGGGGUAAUAAAUGACAUUUUGUCCGCUAAUUUUUGGAUCCCAUUUGCCAGAGUCAACUACACUACGUACAUUAUACACCUGAUGCUCUUGCAGAUGUAUGCUAUGACUCUGGAGCAAGAUUUUCACUUCACGACUCUCAACUACACUUUGACAGCUUCAGGACUGCUUAUGUGUCUAAACUGCUUGGGACUAGUUUGCAGCUGCAUCAUAGAAGCCCCCUUCAUCCAAUUAGAGAAGCUGAUUCUUGUUGGAAAAAUGCGAUAAUUUCAGGACUGAAAAAGCUGCAAUAUGUUGCAUCAGUCAAACCUGUAUGAAAUUUUCUUUGAAAAAUUGAU